AGUGCGCUGCACUCUGAUCCGCAUUCAGUAAAACUUAAAAAAAAAAAAAAAGUUAAUCAUGUGUGUCUUGAUGCUGUAUUUGUAUUCUGCAUGAGCUAACAUAUAUAAAUUCAUAUUUAAAAAAUAUUUUAAACGAAAAGCUGAUAAACAGACGCCUGUUUUGUGUAUAUAUAUCCUUCCGCUAGCUUUUCGUGUCUUUUCAGACUGUUUAGGUCCAUGUCUUUCACAGGUAGACAUCUCCUGAGAACUGAAAUUAUUGUAAUAGUUUUAUUAUUAAUCUAAUAGAUAUGUAUAAUCUACAUCUAUUUUAGUGAUAAGUGUAUAGUUUUAAGGAGACAAAUUAAGAAGAAAAGAAGCUAUCUGGCUUACCUCGCAGUUGUCAGUGUCCAGGCUGGAAUAAUCAGCCCUAGCAACAGCAGUGGGGCUAGCAAGCUAACCUCAGCGAGUUGUCGCCUGUUAGCUUUACACUCAAUUUGACUUUUAGAGCAUUUCGUCCUCUGUAUUUUUGCCCUUGGAAAUAUUUUCUAAACCGUUUGAAUAGUCUGUUCAAAGUCUCGUUUAUGGGAUAAUCAUGUCAAUGAAGCAGACAGGCGGUAAUCGCAGACCGGGUAGCAGUAGCGGGGCCGCAGCGGCCUCAGGAGCUGGGGGAUGCGCAGGAGCUGCUGUAGGACGCCACAGUUUAACCAGGGCGUCCACAGUGGAGCUAACGCCGUUUACUACACUCCUCACUACAGUACUGACCUUUAACACGCUGAAACUAGCAGCCUGGGGACGCAACAGCGCCAAAGUUCCCUCCACAUCAGUCGUGUUCAGUGGAGUUUAUGCAAAUAUGAGGAUGGUUCACGUCUUAACUUCAGUGGUGGGAGCCAAGUGUGAACUUAAAGUGAAAAAUGGCGCAAUCUACGAGGGUGUCUUCAAAACGUACGGUCCAGAGUGUGAUCUGGUCCUGGAUGCAGCCCACAAGAAAUGUCUGGAUCCGAGUGUGGGCCCUCGAUGUGAGGACAUAGUCGAGAGCAUCAUCUUCAAGGCCUCAGAUGUUGUGGUGGUGCAUUUUAAAGAUGUGGACCUGAGCUAUGCCAAAAAAGAUAACCUUACAGACAACUCGUUAAGCACUCGUUUAAAUGGAGAACAUAAAGAGAAAAAUUUGGAGCCUUGGGAUGGAGGAGAUCAACAUGUCUCUGGUAGCUUGGAGUCUCUUGAUACUGACUUGUCGAAUGGUUGGGAUCCUGAUGACAUGUUCAAAUACAAUGAAGAAACAUAUGGUGUGAAGUCUACUUAUGAUAGCAGCCUCUCCUCAUAUACAGUGCCAUUGGAGCGGGACAAUUCAGAGGAGUUCCUCAAGCGGGAAGCUCGUGCAGCACAGUUGGCUGAGGAGAUUGAGGCCAGCACCACUUAUAAGGCCCGUGUGGCACUAGAGAAUGAUGAUCGCUCGGAAGAGGAGAAAUACUCUGCUGUAGUGCGGGAGACACACACACUCAGCAGGGACAAUAAAUACAUUCCCCCAGGCCAGAGGAACAGAGAAGCAGGACUGUCAUGGGGAGCAGGACGACAGAACUCACCCAGACUGGUGCAGUGCAGUCCUGGACCUCCUACACCCAGAGCUUCACCUCACGACUACAACACACUCACUGGUGUGGAUCAACGUGUUGUCAAUGGAGGUGCCCAACAUUGGCUCUCUUGCUGUUCAUCUCCCUCCUCUCACCCUUCCUUUCGCUACCAGUCAAGCCCCAAUGCCUCCCUUCUCACCCGGCCUCCCUCCAGACCCCCAUCCAGGCCCUCGCGGCCUCCCUCUCACCCCUCUGUCCAUGGCUCUCCAGCACCCCUCUCCACUCUGCCCAAACACCUCUCCUUGGAAGGUCCUCCAAAGAUGUCUCCAAAGUCUCAGAGGACCCCUAGGGCACAUAGAGUGCCCUCCUGCCGGGGAGCUGGUCCUCCUGGGGUGGAAUUCAUGUUGCAGGGUGCAUCUGGGGAGGCUUCAACUACUCCUUCUGCCCGUAGCAGCCCUUCUGGUGGCACUUGGUCUUCAGUGGUCAGUGGAGGACACAGACCUCGUUCCCCUCGGCAAAACAUUAUGGGAGGAACUCCUCCUGGCCCCUCCUCCUUGUCUUCUCCACAAGCUGGCAUAGUGCCAGUGGAUUCAGUGGCCAUUCCCACUUCAGUAACAUCACUAAUUUCAGCGAGUCCUGCACCUGACAUGGUUACAAUGCCAGUAACAGAAGCAAAAGAAAUUAGACACAAUUCUCCUUUGGCCAACAAGGAGAAUGUGAAGCCUGUGGAAUCUUCCCCAAGCAGUAGGCCAGUUAGUAAAGGAUUUCUCAGCAUGCCUCCUGACCAUAAAAAGCAAAUAGACAAUUUAAAAAAAUUUAGUGUCGAUUUUAGGUUGCAGUCCAGCUCAAAUCCAGAUCUUGGGGUUGAGACAAUAACAAAGUCUCCACGGGAUUCUGGAGAGAAACUAAAGGAGUCACCCAGUGAUAAGAGCCUGCCUGAGUCACCAGGACCCAAAGUUUGCUCAGAGUCUUCUGGCAGUGAAAAGGCGUCAGGGGCUGUGGGUGCCAACUCUGUCGGGAGUAAACCUGGCACUCCUUUGCCCUCUCCCUCAUCCUGUAAUAUCAGCACGGAGCAAAAACGUGUCCCUGAUGUGACGUCUCAAGGUGUCCAGACGUCUUCACCUGCUGCUGUGAAAUCAGAAGAUAAAGAGGAGAAGAAAGAUCCUGUACCACAAAGUGUUAGAAAAUCAACUCUCAAUCCUAAUGCCAAGGAGUUCAACCCAAGACCAUUCUGCACUCCACCCAAACCAGCCACUACUCCGACUCUGACACGACCCCAGGGUCAGCCAAGUCCUUCCAUCGUGGUGCAGCAGCCUCCAGGUGUUUAUAGCCAGCCAAUGUGCUUCCCACAGAUGUACCCACUCACCCCAGUCAGCCCUGGAGUGCAGAAAAGCAUUAUCUGGAAGCCUCCUGCUGUGUACCACGUUCCAGUUCCUCACAUGACUGUAAGCCAGUCCAAGCCGUACAGACCAGGUAAAGUACCCAGUAUCCCACAGCAAAGACCUGACCAGCAUCAUCCAGCAGGCGCGUCACCCAUGAUGCACCCUGCCACAGCUGCAGGUCCCCCAAUCGUAGCCCCGAGCCCAGCUUACUCCACUCAGUAUUUCACCUGCAGCCCUCAGCAGUUUAGCAGCCAGCCACUAGUGCAGCAGAUGCCCCACUACCAGUCCCAGGCCCAGCAUGUCUUCAGUCCGGUUAUGCAGGGAGGUGCAAGGAUGAUCACCACACCCAGCCAUGGCCAGCCCAAUCUAGCCUCCUCCUCCACUACCCAGUAUGGUGAGCAGACCCACACAAUGUAUGUCUCAGCUCCCAUCCCUCAGCAGUACCCACAUCCUGGUGCCACCCUCCACCCACAUCCCCCUCAACCCCCACAGCCCUCAGCCACGCCCACGGCUCAAACUCAGCAGAGUGGACAGCAUGCAGGCACAAGCCACGCUGCUGCCAGCCCCGUUCAGCACCCACAGCACCAGGCGUCUCUUCACCUAACCAGUGCAGCUCCUCCACAGCAGCAGAUGUACUCAGCCUUGACGCCAACCCCACCCUCCAUGACUCCUGGUCCAGCUCCUCAAUCCCCACAGGCUGUUUAUAUCCAUCCUCAGCAGGUUCAGCACUCGUACAAUCCCAACCACAUGGCUCACAUGCAGCAGGCACACAUGCAGUCAGGCAUGGUGCCUCCACAUCAUGGCACUCCCUCUCACCCUGUGAUGCUGAUGGCCACACAAGCACCUGCUGGCCCACAGCCACCUUUACCCCAGGGCACACUCAAUCCAAUCCCUGUCUCCUCAACCACACAUUUCUCCUACAUGGCACAUCCUCCAGUACAACCUCACCAUCAGCAGCAGCUUUAGAGGAUGAAGAUUGGCAAUUUUUAGCUGACUCCAGUGACGCUCUGUUCUCAACCCUUGUGAGCUACUGGCCAACUGAUCCGUCACCUGUUCCUUCUCUACAUGCCUAGUGCCACUGAAGCAUCUAUCAUGCUGCACUGCACUUCUGCUAAUCUGUCAGAAAUUAAUGCGAAUGAGCAAAGUUGCGGUGAACAGAUCUUGUUUUUAACAAGAGGGAGACUGUUUUAGAUGCCAUGAGUGAGAAACUCAAUGUCAAGAAACUGGAACUUGCAUUUUGUUUGCACCUUCUAAGUAACAAAUUCUUCCAGUAAAUUGAUGGUGUUAACAUUACUGUUAAAUGCUGCUGCUAUUGCCGUGUUCAGGUACUUGGGGUAAAGAAAAUCAUACAAAGAAAAUUACUCUAACCAAAUUAAACAAAAGACUUCCAGUGAUUUUUAAAAUGUUUGGCAAAAGUGAUUAAUAAAUAAUUAAUCAAGCUGAAUGGGCCCCAAUUACAUUUGAACGUCAUAAAACUGCUAAGUUUAAAAAAAAAAAGACUUUGUAGAUAAUAUAAAUGAAUUUAAAAAAAAGCAUAAAAACAUUAAAAAAAAAGUUGUAAAAACUGUUACUGGCUUGCAUCUUUUAUCCUUGAUGCAGAGAAUGCUUCUGUUUACUUUGAUGCUUAAUAUUGUUGAUGGGGAAAAUUUCUGUUAAAAGAAGCUUAUGUUUGUUACAUAUAGAAAAACUUAACCCAUCACCAUGAGCCCUGAGAACAGCUUCAAUAUGCCUUGGUAUAGAGAUGUAUUAAACAUCACUGAAACUGUAUUAAAGGGAUGAUGGAUAUUCUCUGA